CACAGCUCGAACCCUGAGGCACGCAUGGGCGCAGCCUCGCAGGACUCAGGAGGAACGGGGCAACCAGACAACCAAGAUUGGGCGCUGAAAGUAUCUCUCAAGGUCCGCUAAGACGCCCUUACAAUGGAUGCUUCAGUAGGGGAACCUAUUCAGGAGGAUGUACCACUGCCGGAGCUCUUCAGGAGGGGACGGGAAGCUCAGGCAAAGGCGGAGGGGUUCGCUUCAGCAAGUUCGGAAGCACAGGCGGAGAUCAAAGCGGGGUGCCAGGCGCUGCAGCAGUGCCUGGUGCAGGUGCACCGCUUGGGCCUCUUUUCAAAGAAUGAAGAGAAAGACGAUAUCGCCACCGUGGAUCUCAAGUAUCUCCUGGUGCCGUUCUACCUGGGCGAGCUCUAUCAGCAGCUCGUCUUGCCAAACCGCCUGCAAGCUGUCCGAUUGGCGCGAGUUCACCUCUCGGAGUUUGUGCGAACAUGUGACCGCCUGGGGCUGCUGCCCGACAUUGAAAAGAGAGCGGCCGCUCGCGAGGCGGCCGCCGACCCCGCCACCCUUAGAUCCGAAAAAAUCAGCCGGUUCAAGGAGAAGCGCGCGGCGGAGACUGCCCUGGCCGACCUGCUGGCGCAGAAGAAGAACCGGCUGCACGUGGCGGGCAAGCGCGCCGGCAGCGGCGAGGCGGGCAGCCGCGAGGAGGAGGAGGAGGGCGUGACGGACGAAGAGGAGGAGCGGCGCGUGUGGCUGCUGCAGCUCAAGGCGGGCACGCACCGCGCCAUGGACAGUCUGGCCGCGCUGCAAAAGGAGGAGCAGCUGCUGGCCAGCGCGCCGCCGCCGGGGGAGGAGGGCCAGGCCGCGCUGGACGAGCGGCAGAAGCAGGCGGAGGAGCGCCACAUGCGCGCGCACGACGCAGUGCAGCAGGAGGCGGGGGGGGGGCCGGCGGCGGGGAAGGGCAGGACGUUCGUGUCGGUGCACACGUGCGGGCACCAGCAACCGCUGUACGGACCGGUGAGCAAUGCGCUGACGGGCGCCUUCAAAGGUGGCGAGCGGGAGCAGAUGCGAGCGCAGGUGUUCCAGCCUAGUCAUGCGCUACCAGACUACACAAUAGAGGAGGCGGGGGAGUACGAGCUAAACGUCAUGCAAACAAUAGAGGAUGCCAACAAGGCUGCAGCGGUCGCAUCGGGGGUGGAACCCAAGGAUGCGGAUGCGAGCGACGAUGAGGAAGCGGAGAUGAAGGCUCGGAACUGGGACGACUGGAAAGACGAGAACCCGAGGGGGCAAGGGAACAGGACUUUGAAGCCGCUCAGGUAGAAAGGUGAGCACAAAGAGGCGGAAGUACAGCGAGUUGAGCUCACCAGUGCGGUCUCCAGAACCGUAAUGGGCCGCAGCCAGUGGUUCCUGCUUGGGAGCGGCAAAGCCGGUUAGAAAGCGCAUGCACCCGAGACCUUUCGAGCAGAAAUGGUAGACAGGGAUCUGCGUAACCGUCUGGCGUAUCCAUGGAUCCAGAGUGGCACUGGCAAGAUUGGCGCAGAGGUGGUGGAGUACCUUGCACAUCGUAGAUGUGGCAAGACUGACUUGAGGGCGUCGAAGUGUUUGAUCCCUUCUGCAAGAAGUCAGCUGCAUCGACCGUUGUCAUGUUGUGCACGCGCAAACAGCUGGAAAGACUCAUAUUCCUGCACAGGUGCAUAUAUGUGCGUUCAUGCAUAUGCAAAUAACGAG